AUGGCCUCUCUCCUCGGAUCGGCUACCAGCCAAUGCCGCGUCCCCGUGCAGCACGCGCUGACACGUCAGCCAGCAACUCCCAAUGCCGCUGGUCGAGCAGCCUUUUCGAGAAGGUCAUUGGCGAUAAGGUCGUCCGUUGACGAUUCUGUCAACGGCAGAGGUUCUGACCCUUCGUCGCAAGAGCAUUCUCCCGCAACAGCAGCAGCAGCAGCGGAAACGGCGGGUGUGAGUCGUCGGUCAGUUCUCCUCGCUCCAGCUGCUUCCGCCGCUGCGGCUGUGGCACUGAGCCUAGGGAUUGCCGCGACAGCCGCCCCUGAAAGCGCGCAAGCCUUCGGCCUGGCGGGUCCCAAGGAGUGGCUCAAGGCGCAGAAGCGCAAGUCGAUGCAGUUUCUCCUCAACCCCCUCAUGGUCUCGUCCGCGCGCCUUGCAGCUGCCAAGGCUGAGUUCGAGGCCUCCACUACCCCAUCUGAGCUGGCGUCAGUGCAGGCAGGAGUGCGGGAAGCCUCCCUUGACUGCCUCGCCCCUGGCUUUACUCCUGGCGUGGAGCUCUGCACCUUCAAGCUUAUCCUCAAGAAUGCUGCCUCUCUUCUGGAUAAGAACGACCCGGCGCUCGUGCUGGGUGAGGAGGCGCUUCUCGACCUCAUCUGGUCGUUCAGACAGCUGCAUGGGUUGCUGGACGAGGCUCAGGGCUCCGACCCCCCUCCCCGGUGA